AUGAAGUCCUUCACUGCCAUUUCCUGUGCUCUCUUGACCGCAGCUCAUCUCGUCAGCGCUGCCCCUGCACCAGCUUCAACCACCGCCACAACUGGACAGACCGUGCAAGUCUCCUACGACGAAAAAUAUGAUGUUGGCACAACCUCUAUGAACACAGUCGCGUGUUCUGAUGGAGUCAACGGCCUCGUAAAUGACUACCCCACAUUUGGCUCGUUGCCUACGUUCCCUCUGAUCGGUGGUGCGCUCACCAUUGAUGGCUGGGACAGCCCCGCCUGCGGUACUUGCUAUCAGCUGCACUUUGAGUCCGGCGACAUUAACGAGACCAUCAAUGUUACUGCUAUUGACGUCGCCUCGGGUGGAUUCAAUAUUGGUCUGACGGCUAUGAACCGCCUGACGGAUAACCAGGCUGUAAGUCUUGGUGUUGUUACCGCCACUUAUGUCGAGGUGGACAAGAGCGUGUGUGGAAUCGAGUAG